AUGAAGCGUGCGACGGAAGAGCGAGCAGAGGAUGACGCUGGAGACCUGAGAGGACAGAAUCUUCCGGGAGAAGAAGCGCCACCGGAGGAGGAGGGGUACGCAGAGCUGGAAAACCUGCAUCACUCUCAGGAAACGCGAAAGUUCUACCAGAAACUCAACGCAUCCCGCAGAGGCUUUGUGCCGCGAGCCGAAAUGUGCCGGGAUAAAGACGGUAGUAUUCUGACGGGCGAUCGUGAGGUGACCGAAAGGUGGAAGCAGCACUACGACGAACACCUGAAUGGCGCGCAGGCAGAGGACCAUGGCGGCGGAGAGAGCGAUCCCGUCGGUGUGACAAACGUGGAAGACGUACCGGCCCCAACGAUAAGCGAAGUUAAGGACGCCAUCAAGCAGCUGAAGAAUAAUAAAUCGGCUGGGAAGGAUGGUCUCGGAGCGGAGCUUAUAAAGAUGGGCCCGGAAAAGCUGGCCAGCUGUCUACACCGGCUGAUUGCAAGAAUAUGGGACACAGAACGGCUACCGGAGGAGUGGAAAGAUGGGGUUAUCUGCCCUAUAUAUAAAAAAGGCGACAAAUUGGACUGUGCGAACUACCGUGCGAUCACUAUCCUGAAUACCGCCUACAAAGUGCUUUCCCGAAUAAUCUUCUGCCGACUCUCACCGCUAGCCAACAGAUUCGUGGGAAGUUACCAGGCCGGCUUCGUAGAAGGCAGGUCGACAACGGACCAAAUCUUCACAAUACGGCAGAUCCUCCAAAAAUGCCGUGAACACAGAACCCCCACGCACCACCUAUUCAUUGAUUUCAAAGCCGCUUAUGACACCAUCGACAGGGAAGAGCUAUGGAAGGUAAUGGACGAAAACGGCUUUCCCGGGAAGCUCAUCAGACUGAUAAAGGCCACGGUGGAUGGGACGCAGUGCUGUGUGCGGAUUUCGGGUGGAUUGUCGAGCCCAUUCGAAACCCGCAGGGGGCUUCGACAAGUUGAUGGCCUCUCCUGCCUGCUGUUCAAUAUCGCGCUACAGGGUGUGAUGAACCGGGCGGAUACUAACACGCGGGGCACGAUCUACAACAAAUCCAGCCAGUUCGUCUGCUUUGCCGAUGACAUGGAUAUCGUCGGCAGAACAACUGCGGCGGUGUCAGAGCAGUUCGCCAGACUAAAACGCGAAGCAGCGAAGGUUGGAUUGCUGAUAAAUGCGUCCAAAACCAAGUACAUGCUAGCCAGCGGAACCGAAGCCGACCGGCAACGCCUAGGCAGCAGUAUUGUGAUCGACGGCGAUGAGUUCGAGGUAGUCGACGAGUUUGUCUACCUCGGCUCACUGGUAACUUCGGACAACGAUACCAGCCGUGAGAUCCGGAGGCGCAUUAUCAGCGGUAGUCGUGCCUACUAUGGGCUCCACAGGCAACUGCGGUCACGCAGACUUAGCCUCCGUACGAAGUGUAACCUGUACAAGACCCUCAUAAGGCCGGUUGUUCUCUAUGGGCAUGAGACGUGGACCAUGCUAGAGGAGGACCGGCGAGUACUCGGAGUCUUCGAGCGACGAGUACUGAGGACGAUCUUUGGCGGCGUACAGGAGAACGGAGUAUGGAGGCGAAGGAUGAACUACGAGCUCGCGCAACUCUACGGCGAACCCAGUAUCCAGAAGGUGGUCAUAGCCGGACGGAUACGCUGGGCAGGGCAUGUUGUAAGAAUGCCGGACAACUGCCCUGCGAAGAUGGUGUUCGCCUCAGAUCCGGUACUUUCUGGCCACGGAUUUGUCAGAGAGUACUUCCAUGUGAAGAAACUGGCCUCAUCCCCCAACUGCCCACACUGUCAGGAACACGCUGGGACGACAGUGGUCCACUCGAUGCAGCAUGUCCUCUUCGAGUGCCCGGAGUUCAGUGGAGUGCGACAAGAACUACUCGGGUACUCAGAGGAGAACGACGAGCAAGUCAACAGCAAUAACCUGGGAGAGAUGCUUCUGAGGGACAAUGAGACGUGGUGUAAGAUCGCCUUGGCCGCCCAGAGGAUCCUCAUCAUCCUCCAGGAGGCAUGGAACGACGAGCAGAGGAGAGGUCGGUCCCACCAACCCCAAGCCGCGCAACAUGGUGCAGAACGACCCAUACACGUCCAGGCCGAUGGGCAACAGACGUCGGCAGCAGCCGUCGUCCGCCGCGAAGAGAUGCGGCGGGAGGGCGUCAACUUGAGACAGCAGAAGCGGCGCCUCGAUCGCCAGCUGGCCGCGAAACCCAAUUGCCCGAUCUUGCUCGGCAGGGAACAACGCCUGAGUGCUAAGAUAGCACUCUGCACUGCGAGGAAGACUGGAGCUGAUGACAGCAUCAUAACGAGGCUGCAGGGAGUGCUCAACGACAUCGAGGCGCGGGUCGCGCAGACCACCGGGGACCGCCGUCGGGCGGGCCGAGUGAUGAGCCGCAAGGAAGCACGACCGCGGCUUAAAACAGCGCAAAGCAACAACCGUACGACGCUGGCAGAUAGCGACGAGUGA